AUGGGCGGCGGUAACGGAGCCAAGGCAGCGCAGAAGCGGGAGCGCAACCAGAAGGAUGCGAAAGGCUCGGCCAAGUCGCAGCUUAAGGCCAACGUCGCGGCUAUGGACAUCCAGUGCGUGAUCUGCAAGGCCACGUUCCUCAGGACGAGCCGGGAGAAGGCUCUCAACGAGCACGCCUCGAACAAGCAUAGCAAGACGGUGGCGGACUGCUUCCCGACCUUCCAGGGCGAGGCGGCGAAGUGA